GACGAGGUCUGAUUGAUUCCUACCUUGCCCUCGUCUUCAUACUGUAGUAGUACUGCAGUACUACUAGACCCCACUAUGAACUACGAACGAAGGAUCAUGCCCAGACUCAUAAACUUCCGUUGGUCCCUCCCUCCCCGCAUUCACAUACCGGGCAACAGGGGGAAACCAAAGUUACACUCCACCUGGGUAAGCUUGGCUGACGAUGAUUCUUUCUCAGUGCUCACUCAUGUUUUUCGUAAUACUAAACCUUGGAUGGAUGGUUUUAGCGGGGUAGGACCCGGGGGAUAGGCUCCGGAAUGAUUUCUUGUCUGUUUUGUCUAGAGAGCCCCGAGUUUUCCCAGAGAGAAUUCCUUUCCCCAGCCCCGAAGGCGAACGGGGUAGUUUGGUACC